CACACACACACACACACACACACACACACCCAUACACCUGACACAGAUCUACCCAUACACAACCUUCAGACAUCUCCGAAACACCACAUUUGUGAUUUGAUGUAACUGGACUGACAGCACAAUGGGACCCCGCACGGCAGCUGGGCCAUCCAAACAGGAGAAGCUGGUGUCUGGGGGACGUCACGGUAGCAAAAGUGACAGUGACCAAGACGAUUCUCCUGUGCUUAAUAACCCAAAAUCAGUGGUGAAAAAACAGGUGAGUCCCGAGGAGCUUCAGAAACCUGGAGGGAAGUACAUGAAGAGGAUGUUCACGAUUGUGGGCGAUGCCGUCGGCUGGGGGUUUGUCGUGAGAGGGUCUAGUCCAUGUCAUAUUCAAGCUGUUGAUCCCAGCGGACCUGCAGCUGCUGUUGGAAUGAAGGUGUGUCAGUUCAUAGUGUCUGUAAACGGAGUGAACGUGUUGGAGAUGGACUAUCGGACAGUCAGUCACCUCAUCCUCACCGGUCCUCGCACUGUAGUGAUGGAGGUGAUGGAGCCCGUCGACUGCUGAUGAUACCGCUGAAGGAGUGACUCUGAAGACCACUGUAAGCUAUUCUGAUUAAAGGGUUCUAGACUGAACUUCCGCAUUCACAUCCCGUAAGUCCAGGUGAUGCGCUAGGAUCAUCUAGACUUACUGGAGGAUACUGUCUGCAGGAUUUGCUCAGCAGGCCUGAUACAGAAAGUUCUGGACGUGCAGACCAGUGUCGGAAUCGCUCACCGUAACAAUCAUAAUUAGCAGAAAGGGCAGAACUCAAUAUGCACAGCAGCAGCUGCAGCUGUAGCCCAGAAUCACAAUGAUACCAGUCAUACUUUUUACAGAGAGACUGUGAGCAUCUGUAAUUAGAUUAGAAAGUUUCAAAAAUAAUGCUCUUAUUUGAUGAGCAGGGGUGCAAAAAAAAAAUACAAGUACAAAGAAGCUACUUCACAAUAUGGGGCAUGUAUAUUCUAAAUGGGGUGUGGUUCAAAACUGAAAACAUUAAUGGAGGCAAUAAAUACAAAAAAUACGUUUCAUUAAAGUGGCAGUACAUAUUAUUUUGUUUCUAAACUGAAAGCAGAAGCAACUUCUGAGUCGAAAAGGGAUAAAAUAUUGUGUGUCGCUUUUCGCGGGAGUUCUUCUGGCCACGUCACACGUCUUUACGUACUUACAUCACACGUACAGCCUCUAAAAGAGGAUCCGGCUCAGUUUUACUGGAUACAAGCGGCUGGUGGAGCAAUGGAGACUUCAGAAGAGGAAACUCAGCUCAGUAGCUCAUUCACUCAUAGUAAAACCAAAUAAACGAAGGAGUGAAGUUUCUGACUGAGCGUGCUCUCUUUCUCUUUGACUGAACAUAACCUGGAAUUGUAUUCAUCCGCUCUAAAAGGAGACCGCAUCACACCCGCCCAGUUUAAAAUGAUUAUUCCGUAUGCUCGGUGUAAGUACCCAUUCUCACCAGAGAGGGCACUAAGUCCUCUAAAUCACAAAACUUACGACCGGCAAAUUUCAAUUGAAUUGAAAUACGUUUUUUUUAUUAUUAUUUGUACCAUCACUGACAACAAUUUACUUUGUCCUGUAACAUGAAAUACAGUUUACAGUAGGCACCUAUAGGGCACCAAAUUAUAUUUAAUCCCCUGGUGGGAACUUCUCCUUUAGAGGGGCAUCUAACAGGGCACUUUAGAAAACCCUAUACUGCACUGCAUGUCAUUUUCUCUAUAGAGAAGGAUGCGCUUUGGACACGGUUGAGUUAAGGGUGAAAUAGAAGGCACUUAAUGGCACCAUUUGCUAUGUGAAAAACAGAAAGAAACACAUAGAAGGCAACUUAUUAAAACACAUUAUCACAUCUUAAUUUAAAUCCAUCUUAGUGGGCGCUCCACUUUUUCCCUACAUAAAGAGCAGUCAGUAGAGCACUUUGACUCUUUUUGUACCACUAUAGAGGGCACUUAAAGGCAUAGGGAGGGCCUUUUUAGCAAUUUAUAGCGCAACGCUCAAUUGCGGAUUAUGCAGCUAUAUUUUAAAGGCAUGUAUUCAUUCUCUUAAUUAAUCAUGGUUGACCAAUCAAGAGCUGAGUCAGCACCGAGCUCUCAAAACCCAAGAAAAACAGCAAAACAACAGUAAUCUGCCCUUUAAUCCGGCAUAUAAAUGGCUUUUAAAAGGUAAAUUAGAGCGUUUUUCUGAGAUUAAAAACGUGAAUUCAGCUGUAACUGGAAAUAUCUGCGUUGCAAAACUGUGCUGGACUGAGGAGCACAGCUUUCGACACAUGCUCACGUUUACAAGCACGUGCCCAGCCAUGUGGAUGGAGGCCAUGCCUCAUGUUACCUCGUGUUUACUCCUGCUCGCCCUCCUUCUUGCGCUUCUCAGGCAGCAGCAGCCUGUCACUCACACAGACACAGAGACAGCGCUGAGUACCUACUUCUUGUGUCAAGAAUUAAAACAUUGUAGACUGUUGAUGGGGUGUUAAAUAGAAAUGAGCAUCACAACGUGCCUUGUGCAGUGUGUACAGUAGAGCCCAAAUUGACAUUAGGGUAGGGGUCAAAAUUGGUAAAAUGGUCAAAACAGUGAUGAAGAUACUAAAAGAAACAUUGAUCACUUUAUUAUUUGCUCAUGUAGACAACGAAAGAAGGGCAAUCCUGCAUAUUAUCCAUAACAAUAUCUCCUGAUAUCACUAAUAAUCUAAUUGUAUUAUAUUAAACCAUAUAAAAUAGGCAGAAAUCAGUUACGUUAUCACACCAGUUUACAGUCAUUUAAGGGUAAGUGGUUAUUUUGCUGUCUAUCUAUGCACAAUCUAGGGCCAGCACAGUGUCAGCAGUGGGGGAUAAAGGAAUUUGGGAAAACUCCUUGAAGGCAUAACCAGGAAUUCACUCUCAGUACUGAGACUCGAACCUUCGACCCUCCAGUUCUUAAUCUUAUAUCUCAGUUUAUCAUUCAGCUACUGGCUGCACCAGUUGUCAGACUUAAUCGAAUUCAUUAGUUAUCUAAGACAUGCCGUGACUGGGGAAUAUAGGUACAACAGAUUAUAGUGCUGAUUAUUCUGUAUCUACUGUAACUGUAGAUUAGCCCUAAGAGAUCACUUCAGUUUUUGAAUCAGUUUCUCUGAUUUUGCUAUUUAUAGGUUUAUGUUUGAGUAAAAUUAACAUUGUUGUUUUAUUCUAUAAACUACAGACAACAUUUCUUUCAAAUUCUAAAUAAAAUCUUGUCAUUUAGAGCAUUUAUUUGCAGAAAAUGAGAAAUGGCUAAAAUAACAAAAAAAGAGGCAGAGCUUUCAGACCUCAAAUAAUGCAAAGAAAAAAAAAACAAGUUCAUAGAUAUAAAGUUUUAAGAAUUCAGAUUCUUAUUUGGUGGAAUAACCCUGGUUUUUAAUCACAGUUUUCGUGCAUCUUGGCAAGCUCUCCUCCACCAGUCUUACACACUGCUUUUGGAUAACUUUAUGCCUUUACUCCUGGUGCAAGAAAAUUGGUCAAAUCAAAGAAACUCAUCAUUUUUGAGAGGUCUCUUAUUUAACAAGGAAUUGCCUCUCAGUACUGGGACUCGAACCCUCGACCUUCCAGUUACUUCUUAUCUUAUAUCUCAGCUUAUCAGCACUGAUAUCACUGCUGAUACUGGCCACUCUGAUCCAUUAGUAAUCUGGAGCAUGCCUGGACUGAGCAAACGCCCUGAGAUAAGAACACCACCGUACAAAAUGGAAAAUGCAAACUAUUUUUAAGAGUUAAUAUUUUUUAUUUAAUUAUGUGAGGUGGAUCUGUUAUAAUUCCUGUUUAUAUUAAGUUUUCUAUUAUUAAAAAAAGCUUAUGUGAGUCCGGGCCCUGGUCUGCAUGCCCUUUACCAAAGACUCUCUGUUACGUUUUCUCUUUUUAGUUGAUUUUAGUUUUAGUUUUUAUUUUUAGGCUAAAUUAGAUUUUUCAGUUUAAUAAUGACGAUUUUUAACCAUUAAUUAAUUAAUUAAUUUAACACUGUAAUAAAACGCAAUACCAAGAAAAGACAUUUUAUAAAUCUGUAUGUAAUUAUAAUUCUGAAAUGUGCUCAUAGGCUUUAGUAUUAAAUCAUAUACUGUAUGGUUUGAUGUGUUUUUGUGUUGACAUAUUGCACUUGUUUGUGUCUGUGUUGUUUUUAAUGUACAGAAAUGUGAUUGAUAAGCUUUUAGUGAAUCCUAUCUAAUGAAUUCUCUACAGGAAGAUCACAUGUGUAUGACCCAAUUAAAAAAUUAAUCUGAUUCUUUAAAAUAUUGCUGUAUGUGUGAUAUAAUCUAUAACAUAAGUGUAAUAAUUAUAAGAUAAUGUAACAAACUGAAUGCUUGACUGUGUAUGUAUGCACUUAGAAUAAAUGUAUUUUAAAAUAA